AUGGUGCUAGGCUCCAGAUCCAUGAGCACAGCUCGAGGAACAUAUCGACCAGAUCUGGUUCGUGGGGUGGGUAAGUUCUCGAGGUCCAAGAUGUCCCGCAAGCGUGGUCUUUGGGCCAUCAAGGCCAAAAACGGCGGCGUUUUCCCACGCCAUGACGCGAAGCCAGCGGCUGUGACCCAACCCCAGAAGCCGCCCAAGUUCUAUCCUGCCGAUGACGUCAAGAAGCCGCUUGUCAACAAGCGCAAGGCUAAGCCCACCAAGCUCAGGGCUCUCUCUCUCUCAUCAAAUCAAAAGAUGAGGCCAAAGAUUUACCUUUUGGGUGACUCAAUCACCAAGGAGUCUUUCGGUGAUGGUGGCUGGGGUGCCUCUCUUGCCCAUCUUUUCUCUCGCACGGUUGACGUGGGGCUAAGAGGGUACAGUGGCUACAAGUUUUGGACAGGGUCUUUCCGAGCAGUGAAAGAAAAAGAUACCCACUGGAAGUUUUUGAAAGAAAAAGAUCACUCAGAAAAGCAAGGGCACUCACAAAGGGAUCACUCAGAAAAAGCAAGGGCACUCAGGAAAAGAUCCAACAGCAAACCCACCGACAGAAAGAAAAAAUAA